AUGCACGAGAAUGCGGCGAAUUUGAUUACAACCGAACGACCGUACCCGAUCAUCAACUAUAUAAUAGACGAGACUGCAACGAGGAAUGUAGCUACCGAUGUUGCCCUUCACACGGAUGCGGAACUCGUCCAAAUGAGGACAAGUGAAACGACGGACUCAGUGUUGGCCGAAAAACUUCUGCCGCAAUUCACUCGGGAGCCGCUGACCAGCUAA